GGCAGGAGGGCAGAUUUAUUGGACAGCACUGAGUGAUCGUGUGCUUGGUAUGAAUACCAAAGUCAAUAACGGAACAUUGUUCUGACGGAGGAAACAGUGAGAUGGAGGUUAUAAACAACAGGGACAGGGGAUGUGGGCUGUAAAAUAAUGAAAAAAGAGGAUCCACGGCCGCAGCAGCCUUUGGGUUAUCUCCCACCAGUCAGUGUCACCGUACCUUCAGUCGUCUCAACGAGUUGUUAAUAAAUCACUCACUAAUCUGUCUGCAGGCCUUAUAAGAGGCAGCACAGAUAACCUGCGACCACAGAAGAAACCUGCAGAGUCCUCUUGCAUCAUCUGAAAAAUGAGAUCCCUCGGUGUUGUCGUUCUGGUGCUGUGUGUGUGCAGCGGAGCUCUGGGCGUGCAGGUUAAGGUUGGAGACAGUUCCUACCCCUUGGAAGCCGUGAAGGAGCUCAAGGCCCUGAUGGACUUAGACAACAACAACGUCAGUCCUCGUCUGGCGGACACCAGUGUGGUGGCUGCUUGUUCCAACCCUCUCCUGCCUCAGGUGUUUCGGCCAGUUUGUCAGACAAAGGGAACAGGAGUUGUUUUCUCCAGACUAGUGUAUAUCAUCACUCCAUCAGAUCCUUGUGAAAUCUGUGCCAAUCCUUCAUGCUACGGAUGCCUGAACUAAGGCCUGAAUACACAAAGUCAUCAGGGGGUCACGGAGUGGAAUGAGGUCGUCUGGUCAGCAUGACGUCCACUGAUCACAGUAAAACACUCCAUACAGUUUUUAAGGGUUACCUCUCCACAGUAAUACUACAAUUUGGAUUCUAAAACAAAUAUUUGUCACUCUACUUUACUCUACUCUACUCUACUCUGUUCUCUGUCCAUACAUACCUACGUAAAAGGCCGUGUAUCCAUUUCACAGAGAGCCGUUCUGUAUAUUAAUGAAUAUUACCUUGAAGUCUUUAAAUUGUUUUCAUGUUGAACUCCUAAUUUAUUGAGUCUCUAUAGUUUCCCUGACAAUAAAGAUGUCUAUACUUUGCAUUAAAAAAGUAUCUCUUGUAUUUUUUUUUAAAUAUAUAAAAUAAUAUGUAAUAUGUCAUAGUGUCACUCACACAUGCACACACA